AUGCAGGAGGUGCCGGUGCAGCGGCAGCACGUCGGCGGCUCCGUGUGUCUCCUCAGGCUGCUGGGCGGUGAUGGGCACCGCACAGUGAGGGGAUUCCUUGGGGGGUCCCUUUUGAUGAACUGCAAGUACUGGCACGGUGAUGAGAUGAAGCCCACUUUCUGGUGCAAACUGGGAACAGAUUCUGACUGUGCUGCUGACAUCGUCAUCACUUCGAAGAAUCAGUCCAUGGUGUGGAGGGAGCGAUUCUCCAUCAGGGACAAUCAUGCAGGGAAGUUGUUCAUGGUGACCACGGAGGGCCUGGCUGAGGGGGACAUGGGCACCUACCUCUGCAAGGUGCAAAGGAGCACAACCCAGCGUGAGGAGAGUUAUGGCGUGAAGGUGAUGGUGUCCACGAAUACCAGCGCGGCGAUGAGAUGA